CGAGAUCCAUGGCAUGACAGUUUAUCCAGCGUUUGGCAUCACCUGACAGACGCAGUCCUACCGUCACAGAUCUAACGUUGAUGAUUGGUCGAUGAAAUUAUCCCCGGGAUAGGCGGUGUCACCUGUUUAUACCAUAGCACUCGGCAGCCACGAGGUUCUAUCUAUCUUCAAUCUUCAUGACAAUUCAUUGUGUGAGUAUCACACAGUGCUGACGGCGUCGCCACUGUAGACUCGAAUACGUGGCUUCAAACCAACAUGUUUCUUUGAGCCUCAGUUACAAUGAAGUGGUCGGGCACCUCCCUGAUUCUUCUCAACGUCUUGACCCUGCUGGUGUUUGUGGUGACAGUCAUACUCACCUUCUUUGCCGAGCUUGGAGGAUCAGACAUUUUCCUGGAUACAACAAACAAUGUGUCCAACCUUAAUAACAACGUGUUCAGGAAAGCCCGAUGGUCUAUCUACGUCUUUGCCUUCAUAUUUGCUCUUCAAAUUCUCUGGCUCAUCUUUUCGCUGACCCUGAUCUGUAGGAAGGGCCCCGAGGGGCCUCUCUACCUCCACCCCGUCCUCUUCACCCCCGCCUUCUUCUGGGUGCACAUCCUGGGUGAUCUACUCUACAUCGGCUGGCUGUUUCUCCUCGAUAGACAGGCUCUGGAACUAGCCUUCGUCUUCCUCCUAGGUUCGGAGCUCUGUUACUACGCGUGUCUCGUCCUCAGCUACAGAACCAGGUUCGAACACAAGCUCGAGCUACAGAAGCAGGGACGGCAUGUUGACAACGUGCUGUUCAUACUAUUUGUUGAGAAUGCCAUUGGUGCCUUUGCGAUCUGGAUUCUUGGUAAUGCACUGUUCACCCUAGCUAUGGUGAUGACCUCCCUGUCCAGUACGCCACUGGGCCCAGUUGCAGGCGGAUGUGUAUCAUUAGGGUUUCUUAUUGUCCUAUUGACAACGCUUGACAUUGUUGACAUUUUUGUGGUCAGGAAGUUUAGUGAGUACACCUUUAGUACUUACAUUGCAAAAUUAAUUAUUAUUGUUUCAGUAGUGGAUGCAAACAUUGGACGGACAAACCUAAACACAAUCUUAACGUUAAUUCCCCUUGGGAUGGAGAUCAGCUUUUUUCUUGUUAAGAUUAUCAUUGUAGCUAUGGACAAAAUUAAACAUUCUGUAGUGCCCAACACUGAGACUGAACUGUUAAUGUAGAGCCAUAUUGCCUGUAGGUUUGAUGUUGUGAUUUUUAUUGUGUAAUCAAUAGUAUAAUGCAAGCUUUAGUUUUCAAAAAGCUUCUUGGGUAAUUUGUGCAACUGCACAGAUUGGUGGACUGACUGAUUUUUCACUCAAUCCCUGAAGCACGUCCAAGUGUUGUAUUUCUUUGGCCAAAACAUUGGUACAUUUUCCUUUUUUACAGAUUUGCUUGAAUAUAAAAACAACGUAACACUUAUUUACAGUCCACGGUUCGUUAUGUUUUCACAUUCUACCUCGCUCAUGCAUUGUUUACAACUAAUAAAU